AAAACCGUAUACACCCAUGCUCUGUUAUUUUGUUGUUUCAAAUUGUGUUGUGGGGUGUGUGCUUGCUGAUCUGACACCAAUCUUAAGAACGAAUUCUCUGACUUUGAUUUCUUUUUCAUUGCAUUAGGCAUGUUACUAAACAUCAAGACAGGGUUAAAGGAAAUCGCUCUAAUAGCUUUAGUGAAUAAAAAAUAUUUUACCUUUGGGAGCAUUGAUCCUUCUAAACUUCCACUUUGACUCCUUCAUUCAAUAGCAAGAACAAUGUGUUUAUGGUUGUCACAGUGCGCUUGAGUUCUCUCUCUCUCUCUCUCUCUCUCUCUCUCUCUCUCUCUCUCUCUGCAUUGUGGCUCUGCUGGUCUGUGAUAGAUGUCUGAUUGGCGGGCUCUGUUUAUUCUGUGACCAGAUUCUUUCUAAAAGAGGGCUGGCCAUACCUGCCUGAAGCCUAUUGGCUGGGUAUACUCUGGGCCCUCCCUCUCCCUCCCCCCAACCUUUUCCUUCACAGCACACACAGCCACUAAGUCUGUGCGGAAUCCUAAACCAGCCCAAUUUACAUCCAUUCAUGAAUGUGUGACGUCAGCAAGCUUUGAGCUCCUUUGCGGUGGGCCAGAGGAUUGUGUGGGUAGAAUCCCCUCCCCCUUAUUUUUCCAAUUCUACAAGGCUCUUUAGAUUAACCUUCCAUCUUUUUAAAGCAAGAAAAUGGAACAGCAUGUGUAGGAAUUCUUCAUUGUUGUUUUGGAGUCCUCUCUUGCAUCAAACCUCUGUUGCUGUAAUCUUCUGACUGUCAUCUCAGGACCUGGGUCACCCUCAUGGCACAAUGGCCAACCCUCAGGAGCACCUGAGCUGCUCCUCUUUACCACACUUGCCCUUGACUGAGAACAAAACCUCUGGUGGACGGAAUGAGCUUGCAGCUAUGGGGAACCACCCUUCACCCAAGCUCCCUGAGGACCCUCAGGAGAGGGGGACUAUACAGUCAGAGCUGAUGGAGAUCACAGGCAGCCCGAUCUCCACAACAGUGUUGACCAGUGUAAGCGAGGAUUCCAGGGGCCAGUUUGAGAACAGUGUUCUUCAGCUAAGGGAACAGGAUGAGUCAGAGAUGACCCUGUCUCUGGGGAACAGCAACACUGUGGAUGGAGAGAACACGAACGGACCAGAAGACAUCAAGAUUCAGUUCAGCAGGUCAGGCAGCGGCAGUGGCGGGUUUCUCGAAGGACUGUUUGGAUGUCUCAGGCCUGUGUGGAAUAUCAUUGGGAAGGCAUAUUCCACUGAUUACAAGCUGCAGCAGCAAGAUACUUGGGAAGUGCCGUUUGAGGAAAUCUCAGAGCUGCAAUGGCUGGGUAGUGGAGCCCAAGGAGCUGUCUUCCUGGGCAAAUUCCGAGCAGAGGAGGUGGCCAUCAAGAAGGUGAGAGAACAAAAUGAGACGGACAUCAAGCAUCUGAGGAAGCUGAAGCACCCUAACAUCAUCGCCUUCAAGGGUGUUUGCACUCAGGCCCCGUGCUACUGCAUCAUCAUGGAGUACUGUGCCCACGGACAGCUGUACGAGGUCCUGAGAGCUGGCCGGAAGAUCACGCCCCGGCUGCUCGUGGACUGGUCCACGGGAAUCGCCAGUGGGAUGAAUUAUCUCCAUCUCCACAAGAUUAUACACCGUGACCUCAAGUCGCCCAAUGUUUUAGUGACUCACACAGAUGCAGUGAAAAUUUCAGACUUUGGCACAUCUAAGGAACUCAGUGAUAAAAGCACCAAGAUGUCCUUCGCUGGCACCGUCGCGUGGAUGGCACCAGAGGUGAUCCGGAAUGAACCUGUGUCGGAGAAGGUGGACAUAUGGUCUUUUGGUGUGGUACUUUGGGAGCUGCUGACAGGGGAGAUCCCCUACAAGGAUGUGGACUCUUCCGCCAUCAUUUGGGGUGUCGGCAGCAACAGCUUGCAUCUCCCAGUUCCUUCCACUUGCCCGGAUGGAUUCAAAAUCCUUAUGAAACAGACGUGGCAGAGUAAGCCUCGCAACAGACCUUCUUUCCGGCAGACGCUCAUGCACCUGGACAUCGCGUCUGCAGAUGUGCUCGCCACCCCUCAAGAAACUUACUUCAAGUCUCAGGCUGAAUGGAGAGAAGAAGUGAAGAAACAUUUUGAGAAAAUCAAAAGUGAAGGGACCUGUAUACACCGAUUAGAUGAAGAACUGAUUCGCCGGCGCAGGGAGGAGCUCAGGCAUGCUCUGGAUAUUCGGGAGCACUAUGAGAGAAAGCUUGAACGGGCUAACAAUCUGUACAUGGAACUGAGCGCCAUCAUGCUGCAGCUGGAGAUGCGCGAGAAGGAGCUCCUUAAGCGAGAGCAAGCAGUGGAAAAGAAGUACCCUGGAACCUACAAACGACACCCUGUCCGUCCAAUCAUCCACCCGAAUGCCAUGGAGAAACUCAUGAAAAGGAAGGGUGUGCCUCACAAGGCUGGGGUGCAGACUAAGCGGCCAGACCUGUUGCGAUCUGAGGGCAUUCCUAGUACAGAAGCCGUUCCCACUGCAUCCCCUCUGUCUGGAAGUCCCAAAAUGUCCACCGCAAGCAGCAGGAGCCGGUACCGAAGCAAACCACGUCACCGCCGAGGGAACAGUAGAGGCAGCCAUAGCGACUUUGCAGCAAUCUUGAAAACCCAGCCCGCCCAGGAAAAUUCACCCCACCCCACCUACCUGCACCACACUCAGGCUCAGUGUGCUUCAGUCCAUCAACAUAACCCUCUCCAGCAGCAAUACCAGCAAACCCCACCUACCCAGCCUCAGAGCCGGCAUCCCAGACUCAAUGCGCAUGGGCAGGACAUUGCAACCUGCACCAAUAACCUGAGGUACUUUGGCCCCGCAGCGGCCCUGCGGAGUCCACUCAGCAACCAUGCACAAAGACAGAUGCCUGGCUCAAGCCCCGACCUCAUCUCCACAGCCAUGGCGGCAGAUUGCUGGAGAAAUUCUGAACUUGACCAAGACCAAGUUGGACCCUGGGGCUGUUGUCAGGCUGAGCCCUAUGAUCCCUGUUUCCAGUGCAGGCCAGAACAUUCUGGGUCUUUAGAUGUUCCCACUACUGAGCCAGUGGGGAGGAGCCCAGACUGUUCCAGUUCACCAGCACACAAUCCUCUUUCAGGAAAUGCCCAAGGCUCUGAGAGAACAGAGGCAAAUGGAUUCAAUGGCUGUCAGUCUGGUAUUUCUCAUCAAUUCACACCCCCAAUGCUACCUCAAAAGUCACGGCCCCUUCAGAAGAGUGGAGAUGACUCCUCAGAAGAGGAAGGGGAAGUGGACAGUGAAGUAGAAUUUCCUCGACGACAGAGGCCUCACCGCUGCAUUAGCAGUUACCAGUCAUACUCAACCUUUAGCUCCGAGAACUUCUCUGUGUCUGAUGGAGAGGAGGGCAACACUAGUGACCACUCGAACAGUCCUGAUGAGUCCACCAACAGACGGCAGGACCGCCUGGCAGAGACACUGGACGACCUGCUGUCUCAGACACCCGAGGCCCCCAUCGAGAUCUCCUCCCACUCAGAUGGGCUGUCUGACAAGGAGUGUGCUGUUCGGCGCGUGAAGACACAGAUGUCCCUAGGCAAGCUGUGUGCCGAGGAGCGCGGCUACGAGAACCCUGUGCAGUUUGGAGACUCGGACUGUGACUCCUCAGAGGGAGAGUGUUCCGAUGCCACUGUUAGGACCAGCAAGAACUACAGCUCUGCCACCUGGUGACAAGGGCUCUGACUCCUCUCCAGCAAUAGACUCCUCCCUCCUACAUCUGUCUGAGAGGAGUGGCCCCGUCCCAGAAACAAGCCACAGUGACAGGAACAUGAGACUUGUCAAAUCUCUGGGAAAUACCCAAAUGAAACUACGUCUCACUGAGCAUUUCAAUCAAGAAUGGCAGGGAUCUAUUGUACUGAAUACUCCAGCUACUGUAACAUUGAUAUUUAUUUUUGUUGGACAUUUUAACACUUUGUAUUGUAAAGAGUGAACUAUAUAUGAUACAGACACAAUAAUUUCUUUACAAAAAAAAUUAAGGAAAUGUUGCUCUUUAGGAACAACAUUUGGAAUUUGUGGGGCCAGGUGUCACUGUCACUUGAACAUGGGACUGGAUCUUUCAUCCAUGCUUGAAGAGUUUGUAAGGAGACGUGUUGAACAUUGAAAACACAAGCCAAAGGAAAUGCAGCCACAUUAAGGUCAACUGGCUUGUCCAUGUGAAGGAUGGAGAUGACCUGGAAGUUGAGUGAUCUCAAGCACCAAUGCCUUGGAAGGGCGUGUGCUUCCUCUAGGAGGAAGAGCCACACAGAGCUGUCACUGCACAUCUGGAAGCCAUUUCGUUUCUUGAACGUUAAGCAGAACCUGGUAGUCAGAGCUUUGGCAGCAUCAGGUCCCGCCCUCAGCACAUGCUUCCCAUUCAGUGCUGCCAUUUUCACACCCCUGACCAGCGUGCUCUUCUAGACGCAGUGCCAUUUCUCCCAAGUAGCUUCCUUUCUUUCUGCCUGUUGGCCACUGCUUCUAGGAAGGAGAAAGGGUCCUGAAGGAGAUAAAGGGGGAAGACAGAAAGAGUGUCUGUGACACAAGCCUGUAAAACUUCCUUCUCGAGGUGGCUCUGUUCAGCUAUCUAAGCAAGACGGUGUGACCCUCUCUGACCAGGUUGUCUACCUCCUGGAACCACACUGAUUCACACAGAAGGCAGCUAGGAUGUGCGCACCCAGUGUCCAUCCCAAACCAUCUUUAUUUUGUUCAUGAUCUCAUUCUUGCUUGGAAGCUUUGGUGGCUGUCUGUCAAUCACUGUAGCAUAAAAGGCUAAGUUAGCAGCUCGUAAAAGGUGACCCCACCACCACCACCACAUUUUUGUUAAAUGCUCUCUGUAAAAUACGAUAGGUUUGUUUGUUUGUUUGUUUUCUGUUUUUUGUUUUUAUUCUGAAUCACUGCAGUUUUGUUUAGUUGGGUCAGGAAAUUUGUAGAAGGAACAGCUGAUGCUAAGCAGGAAUUAGAAUUACUUUAGUUUCCCCAAAGCAUGUGACUCUUCCUGUGUCUUGAGUUCUGGGCUAUGAAAGGUACCCGGAGGUGCUUUGUGGAGCCUUGGCUUGAAGCAGGAAAUGUCUCACAGUCCCCUGAGGGCUGGGUCACAGGUGGGCAUCACCAUGCCUGGCUUAAAGAUAUUUCAUCUAGACUUUAUGUAUACACACGUUGGCCCGAUUCCUGUCUCCAGUGCAGGCUUCUGCCAAGCAUUGCCCUGCACUGGCUGUAUUCUGAUGUUGCAUCCUGUAAGGAUGUCAGGUAUUAAGACAUUCCAACCCCAGUGGAAAUAGUGCCCCUGGGCCUGGUGUCACUCACUGACUGCGUCAGCCAAAAUGAAGUGCAGGAGGGACUCAGAGCCAGUCUUAAUGUUUGAUCCCUCCUUUGUUUACACUUUAUGUUGAGAUAUUGAUUUUAAAAUUCAGCCUAUAAUUUUUAGCUUAUAGGAAAGAUGAAGGAACUUGUACUAAGAAAGCAGUAUUGUUUUGUUAAAUUAUUCCAUUUUGUAUGAACUGUAGCAGGACUACACAGAAGAGCUUAAGUUAUGGCAUUAUUAUUCUUGUUUUUAUUUUAUAUUGUCAUAAUUUUCUGUUGACCAGAAGGUGUGGCUGACAAUGUAGCACAAUGGCUGUUUAUUGCUAACCGUGAAUUAUUAUGGACUUCUGUGGUCCUAAGUGAAAGCUGGGAAUGAAGCUGCCUUUUGUCACUCCCAGCAUUCCUCAGUGUUUUCCCUGGUCUCCUGAAUACUGUAGCAAUGGUCUGAGGAGGUGUGCUCUGCUCUGACACCCAACGGGUACACUGUGAUUCUUUUUUACUUGAUGGUAAAAGCUCCUGAAUAUGCAGAUGACCAAGUAGUUUAAAGGCUUCAAAAGUUAUAAACUUUCCAAAGUGUUAGAAUAAAAUCAUGGGACUGUAAGAGAGGCAGAAAGAGACUGAACGGUCAGACGGCAAGACAGAGUGUUUCUGUGAGGACUCACGAGGUAGUUUCAAGAGUGGACAGCAGACCGGGUCAUCAUCUCCUUCCUGCUGAGUCCCACGGAUUGGGAGAAGCAGGGAGACUAACACAGACAUGUACAACACCAGCAGGAUGUGCUUCUGUGACUGCCUCAGGUCCCUCGUUCCUGUCCCACACAAAGCAGGAGCAGCUGUCUGUCCUGUUCACACCAUUAGUGACAACAGUGAGCUCUGAAGAGCAGCUUCUACCCACACCUCCCAGAAAGCCCACCCGGUACCUCAGCCUUCAUCAGCAUUCUGCAUUCCCACCCUGCCUGUGUGACACCCCAAGGCCACCUUAACUGGAUUCACCGUUAUGGGAUGCCACGCUAUGCCAGGGAUAUGCUAUUGAUUCCAGUCAUUCGCUGUAGCAUCAAGAUGGGAGUGAAGUCCACACUUCUGUAGUAGAAUUAACGAGGUUUCAGGAAAGAAAAAAAAAAAGGUCCUAAGCAAGGUUAAAAGGGAAGAACAUUCCCUACCCCACCUGCCUUGUAGGAUUCAGGAAACUCAACUGUGUUUCCUUUAAAACAUUAUAGUCAUCAGAAGAGCCUCAAGUGGAGAGAUGGGGAACUUGAGAGUCAAUUCUUCAGUGCUGUUAGGUGCCGCCAUGCUUGGAGGAUCCUUGCCAGACCAAUUUCAAGCUUCAGGACAUACUGCGAGAUGAAUGGCUACAUUCUUUGGCCAGCUUUUUUUUUUUUUUUUUUUUUUGACUGACUACUAAGAUGAGUCUCAUUUUCUACUGCAAUCAAGCACUAGAUUUUUCUUUUUUCUAGAUUAUGUCCCUAAGUAAAAAUCCCUCUUAAAAUAAUAGCCUAGCACAGUAAUAGAGAAGCCUGUGUGCACUUUAAAACAUACCCCACCACCACUAAGAUCAGAGCUAGCUGCAGGACUGGGGGAGAUUCUGCCCAUGACAGGGAAGGUGAUGUUUGAAGAUGACUUAGGUGGUCUGGUUGAAGAUUGAGUAUUUUAAGUCUUUAGUUCCACCAAGUUAAUCCAGGAAUUAAAGUCAUUUUGAGUCAGUACUGUCUAGUGAUUAUUCAGGGCCAUUGUGCUAAAUUAUUCCCCUAAGCUGCUCUGAGUGAUGGAGGCAAUGGCGCUGGAGUUCCUUGUUACUAAUGCAGGCUUGUCAGUGCUCCCACAAGGUAGUCCCCUUGCUCCCCAUGAGGUAGCCCUGACAUCAUCGUCUCUGUGAGCAUGUGUUCCUGUUGAUCCAGUGGUUUACUGUUUUUUUUUUCUUAUGCCCUUACGUCUCAGAUGUUUAUAAUUAUUUGAGAAUUGCAUACACGUAAAUAAUGAACUAUGAUUAUAUUCAGUCCAUACCCCUCUAUAUCCCACCUAAACCAUCUUCCUCCUGACCCCAGGCUUUUGGAUUAUUGUUUUGGUAAUUCACUAAGCCCAGUUAGUGCCACCCAGGUAUGCAUAUGGCCAUCCACUGGAGCAAGGGACACAAACAGUGGAUCAUUUCUACAAAAGCGUGAUUCUCCUCCCUCAAUAGCUGUCAACUGCCAAUAACUCCUCAGUAAGAAUAGGGCCUAGAGAUCUCCUUCCCAUGUCAAAUUCUAUUUUUAAAAAACAUUUCUAUCUGGGUGUGGUGGCACAUACCUUUAAUCCUAGCUCUGGGAGAGACAGGGACAGGCAAACUCUGUGACUUCAAGGCUAGCCUGGUCUACAUACAAGCCAGGCAGAGUGACUUGGUGAGACCCUUUCUCGAUGAUGAUGAUGAUGUCUAAGAGAUUCCUGCCCUGCCCCACGUGUACCAUGCUUAUUUCUCAAAACCAAGAAACCAUAUUCCACCAUGCUCCACCUCUACCCUAAACAUCAUGGCCUCCUUCUGAGCACCAUAUGCCUCAGAGCAGAGCAGCACCCACAACUGACUGGAACUGGUGUGCAAAGUACGCAUUGACCAUUUAAGAUCUUGAGUUCCCUGAUGGACAAGUACAGGGCCAUGCUAGGGGUUUCCUUAUGGAUCCCCAAGGCCAGCAGGGGUAUGCCAUGACAGGCAAAGAGCCACUUGCCUUUAUUCUGUCCCCUUGGACUGCAAUCCAAUCAACUAACCACCAAUCGCAUUUCUUUACCCACACUGAACUGUACCUUGAAUGAGCACACUCUUCCCCAUCUGCACAGAAGGUUCAGGUGUGCGGUCUAUUACCUGUUUCCUCCCGAGAUGAUGUGAAAAAUGAUGUGAUAUUUUUUAUCAAGACUUUUCUUCAACUGUCAGUGUGGAUUCUGUGCCUUUCCAGUCAGCAAGUUUUUUCUUUGCUGAUGCCAUAGAACAAACGUCCCAGUCUGCUCGCCUCCCUCUAGACUGGCCCACUGGAUCCAUACAUUUGCUUAUCUGCUCAGAUAAAUUGGCACUGCAAAAGCUGUUUAAACAAGAAUGAGCUGAAGUGGAGGAUAAGGUGGAACCUAGAACAUUUCUCAGGGAUGGGUGGCUCAAGAGAGUGGCUCUCAGAAAUGAAGAAACUGGGUGAGGCUUUGGGCAGCAUCACGUAGUAACAGUGUGAUGGAAGGAUUUCAACCAGUGCCACACCCGCAGAUGGCAAGGCCACUGUAAGGAAGCUUCCAGCAGAAUCAAAGCCCUACUUCCAAGGGCCACUGUACAGCUCUUGGGGUGGAUCAGCUAGGCUGUUGUCUGGUGAUCAUGGUCCUUCCAUGGCUACAAGCUAGAGGGCCCAGCCACAUGUGAGGGGUUGCGAGUGUAUCAUGAUCACUCCACCCCAGUGGCUGUCCACAUCUAGAGUUCCACUUCCCGAGGAUGUGGAAACCCUUUGAGUCUUUUUUUUAAUGUAUGUGUCUGCCUUCUCUCUCUCUCCUCUUCUCUCUCUCUCUCUCUCUCUCUCUCUCCCUCUGUGUGUGUGUGUGUCUGUCUCUCUGUCUGUCUGUCUCUGUCUCUCUCAGUAAUGUGAGUUCCUAUUGAUUUAGAGCAAAUGAAUCUCUUUCUAAUACUUGCGUCUCUCUCCCGUGGUCUCAGCUCCCAGGCCCCCCACUCCACGUCAUUUUCAGAUACUGGCUCUGGCUUUGUACUGAACAGCAAUGGGAAUAAGAAUGAUUAUGAAAACAAACCAAUGCAUGAAAUUAAACAAAGAGUAAA